GUAGGCCGGCAACGGCAACAUAUACCAAAAUCGCAUUUUCUUUUUAGGCAUUUUCCUUUCCUCUACCUAUAUAUCCAAAAUGCUGCAAAAUUCGCAACCGCUCAGGUUUAGCGAGCGAUCGCAUAGAGAAAUGCGCCAAAAGAGUCAUUUAAUACAUGACCCUUUCUUCGGUCUAAAGGGGCUUGACCACCGCCCGGCCUCAGUAACCACGGAGAUUGUAGAUACCGAUUGGGAUGAAGAGGAAGAUAUUGUCAGCGAGAUAGAGGAUGAACCCGUAUCCCCUCGGGAUAGCUUGAAUUCGUCGGGCCAACCCAGUGUAACGACUCUUUCGUCAUACGAUGAAGCACAAACACCAAGAUCGAGCAGGGCUCGCGAUGUGUACGGCUUUGAAUUUGACUCUGCAAAGCCAGUCGAGGGACCAAGAGGCCCACACUUAUUCCGAGCCUCUACGACAUCAUCCUUUGAAUUCAGAGAGGCCCUCAGCUUGUCACCGAUAACACCCAAGACGGCGAGGCCUUAUGAGCCGGAGCUUCGGUAUCCCAUCAUCCACGACCCGUUACCGCCACGAUCCCGGAAUAGCCCGUUUCAAUUCACGCACGAGAAACUGGAACCGAUUGAUUUAGUAGAGUGGCGGCCAGAGCAAGUGGCACAAUGGAUGCUCAAUGCCGGUAUUGAAGUCACGAUCGCGGAGAAGUUCGUCGAGAAUGACAUCAACGGGGCCAUCUUGGUCACGCUGAAGUUUGAGGACUUGCGGGAGCUGGACAUCCAAUCUUUCGGAGUUAGGACCAAGGUGUGGGAGGAGAUCCACGUGCUUCGAGAUAGCAAAGCGGCAGCGGAGGCUUCGUCGCCUAGACCUGACACCAUUAUUGAAGAUGUGGAGAGCAAGGAAGUACGGAGGGAGCGGAAGAGGAGCCAGAAGGGGGAGGAGAGGGAACCCGUUCCACGUUCGAGGAGUCUGAGGCGCGCUCCCAGUAAGCAGAAGCCAGCCCACGAAGACAUCAUCUCGCCCCUAGAGUCCGUGUCUAUCGUCGGAAUCGAGCAGAUGAUGCCCAAGCCACACCACUGCUCCAAAGGCGAGAACUGUUCCCGGUACAGAAAGCAACAACGGAUGAUCGAGGCCUUCAAGCGGGAACACCCGUUCGUGGACAUGGAGCAAGGCGGCAUCAUCAUGGUCGCCGGCGACCCAGGCAACCCAGCAACAGCACCGGCCAUCAACCGACCAUCGUCCACCGAGGCGCUGCGGCCCAUGUCUGACGCCGUGCCCUCCGUCGUCGCAUCGUCGGACGUUUUCGGGCCAGGCAUGCCCCCUUUCCAGUACCUGCAGGAAGCCGCGCUGCGCAAUCUGCAGACACGAGAUCCCCAGGACAACGUCAGGCAGUUCCUCGACUUCCAGCACCAGGACCCCAACGCCGCUUCCAGCGAGGUUCCCCCCACGCCUCCGUUCGAGAUACUGCCCAACCACAACAGCACUUCUCCCACUACCCCGCGAGCUGCCCAGGGAAAUCUGCGUGCACUGCCUAAACUUACCAUCCCGGCUGGACGGCAACAACAGCAGCAGCAGCAGCAGCAACGACAAUCCUACCAACAGCGCCCCGCUCCCCUCCCGACACCUCCCCUACCCUCCCAGUUCCCCCUCCGGAUGGACAGAGGCGAGGCGCUAUCGCCAGACCUGCAGAACGCCCCGUACCGCUUCGGCACGCCCUUCUCGGACAUGGACGUGCCCCUGACCGCCGUCCCCUUAGGCCCCGUCGCCCGCGACGCCUCGCAGUCCGUGCCCCCGGACAUGAACUACCGCGCCGGCCCCGCGCUCGCGCGUUCGCAGUCCCGCUCCUCGCGCCGCCCUUCCUUCCAGGUCAUGGCGCCGCUCGAGGAACACAACAGCGGCGUCCCGACCCCUCGCGUGCCUGCUGGCCACCAACAUCAGCACGUGAGGCACCCUUCUAUCUCGCCCACCACCAAGGCUACCACCACCGCCGGUGCUACCUCACCACCCAGAGUCCCCUCGCGGCAACCACUACAAGCGCCUCCGCGCGCACAAUACCCCUGGUCGCCCCAAGCCCGAAGCACCUUCGCCCCCCUCCCCACCUCCACCUCUUCCCACUCCCACUCCCACUCCCACUCCACCUCAACCUCAACCUACACCUCCAACACCAGCGCCAACAACACCAUCACCCCCUCGACCACCAGCCAAGACGCCGAGGGCAUAACCUACGCGGGCCCCGUCAAGAAGCGCAAGACCCGCAUGCUGCGGCACGAGUGGCACGACCAGUUCGCCACCCUCAAGGGGACGCGCAUGGUGCUGCACCGCGACGGCGCCUCCUCCGCGGCGCGGUCCCGCGCGCUCGAGUACAUCGACAUCGACGACUACGCCAUCGCGUGCUCGUCGCUGUCGACCGGCUCGCGCCUCAACGCCGCCUUCAAGGCCAUGAGCAUCUCGCGCUCGGCGCACAACGCGGACGCGGACGCCAUCGCCGCCUUCAGCUUCCAGCUCGUGCCGCAGAAUGAGUUUGGCGGCGGCGGCAAGGGGGCGCGGCUGCGGAAGCGGGAGAGCGCGGGGAUGGUGGGGGGUGUGGGCGAGGGCGUGGGCGCGGCGGCGGCGGAGUGCGAGGGGGCGGCGAACGGGACGGGCAAGACGCACCAUUUUGCGGUGCGCAGUCGCGACGAGCGCAUCGACUGGAUGCGCGAGCUGAUGCUGGCGAAGGCGCUGAAGCAGAAGGGCGAGGGCUUCGAGGUUAGCGUUAAUGGGAACAUGAUCUAGGGCUGGACUUGCUGCUGAUGCUGCUACCUUGCGGGUGCAUGUCGGUUAGUUCAGAUCGGACGCUCGUUUCACUCUCACCUACCUCUGCCUCACCUAUAUCCUAUAUCUUGUCGCUUUUAUUUCCCUUCGAUUCACUGCCUUGCUGCGCUCCCCAUACCUACCUCUUGGCCAUUAUUAUAUAUAUUUAUAUAUAUACGACCCAACUACCCGACUCCCACCUACUCGCUCAUCUACGAGCGUCUUGCAGGCAGAUGCCAUAUAUCAACUCCCCCCUCUCUGUCACUCACUUUUCCGUCCGCACACAGCCUCCAUACGAGGCAUCACUGUGUAUCG